AUGUCACAAACACAGCAACAUCGCUCGGGUCCGCCUUAUGCGCCCACCACAGCGGCCGUUGGAGGCCUUCCUUCAGUUAUACCCGACGUCCCUAUCUCAGCUGUAUUCAUCGCCUUAUAUAUGGUCUUCGCGGCAACCAAUAUGACGAUAUUCCAAAUCAACAAUCGAAGAGGCCACAAAUUCAUCCCUUCCGGCGCCCUAUUCGGCUUCUGUAUGGCUCGUAUAGCUACUCUCACCUUACGGAUAGCAUGGGCGAAUCGGAAGACCAAUAUUCGUCUUGCUAUUGCGGCCAAUAUCCUUGUUAACGCCGGUAUUCUCAUUGCCUACGUCGUUAAUUUAAUCUUUGCUCAACGUAUUUUACGAGCAAAGCAACCAUCUCUUGGUUGGCACAUAGCGCUUCGUACCACUUUUAAACUACUAUAUGUCGGGAUUGCCUGUGCUCUUAUAAUGGUUAUCACUGCUGUGGUAUUAUCAAUGUAUAGCUUGGAUCCGUAUACGCUACGAGCUUGUCGAGCUGUUCAACUAACCUCCAGUACCUAUCUCCUCGUCUUCACCACCAUACCAGUCUUCUUGACGGCUGCCGCUUACCUAUUACCUCGAUCCCCUAAAGAAGAAACCUUUGGAUAUGGCAGAAUGAAGACCAAGGCCGUCAUUGUCCUUGCGACGGCCUGUCUAUGCAUAUUGACUUCAGGGUUCAAAAUUGGGACUGCAUUCGCGCCUCCCCGAGCACUUAAUAACCCUGCUUGGUAUCACGGCAAAGCUCCAUUCUACGUCUUCAACUUCACAGUGGAGAUUCUUAUUUUAUGCAUCUUGACUUUAAGCAGGGUCGAUAAACGAUUCUAUAUUCCAGACGGGAGCAGUCAACCAGGCCACUACUCUGACCGCGUCGGAUCGUCGUCAGGAAGCGUCAGGGAGAUUACUGCCGAAAAGGAACGCCGUCAGGAGGACACAAUCUCAGAUUGUGUUUGA